AACAUCUGCGAAAGUGCUGACUUGUAGGCAACAUCUAACUCGACAGGUCUCAGCGUGACAGUCCCUACUCACGAAGGCGUCAAAGGCAUCGCUCAGGACAGUCCCAAGAGCGUUUCCAGGGAAGUCGACGAGGGCGUCGCUAAAGACGCAGUCAAGCACGCAGCCGUGGCUGCAGCCGAGGAUGCAGUCAGGUGUGCAGUCAAGGACACAGUUCACCAUGCAGCCAGGAGCGACAGCAUCCCUACGACACGCAAGAACGCCCCCGUUCGACUGGAACCGGAAACCAAACCGCUAGAAGAGCGCAGCCUGUCCAGCAGUGGAAAUUUGUGCCCGCCAGGUCCUUACGAGCACGUUGCACGCCGGAGAUGCUCUGCUGGACACUACAGAACGGAAGAUGCCGCUUUGGUGUUUCGGCGCCGGUCUGUGAUGCUGAUCGUGGCCGCCUUAUCUGUAGGCUGCAUCAUCCUGACGCUCGUGGUGUACAAGCUUCUGCACAGCGCGCAGGAGAUAGACCUCGCCUGCUUCAGCAACGAGUGCCGAAAGAUUGUGGAGUACAUGAACAGCGUGGUGGACGCGAGUGUGAGACCGUGCGACGACUUCUACCGGCACGUGUGUGGACGCUGGCUGCGGGCCGAUGUGGCGCCGUCCUCGUUCGCGGCGGACGCGGCGCGCAACUUCAGCGAGAUUCGCCACAUUCAGCUGUCGCGGGAACGCGACGACGGCGUAGCCGAGCGCAGCGCGUCGCUACUCUACCGCUCCUGCCUGUAUUUCUACGGGCAGGCGCUCGACCUCGCAGGCGUCGCCGAUUCGCUCUUCAAGGAGCUGAACGUGUCCGCGGCAGCCUGGCUGGAAGAGUCCGCCCCCGAGAGGUUAUUCGCAGACGUGGUUCGCGUCUCCUUCGUGCAUGGCUUCCACUCCCUCUUCGAGAUCACCUCCUGGAAGGAAGGAAACGAAAGAGGAUACGCCGUCGACGUGCAGCCCUCGUUCAAUCAGCGGGUAGGCGGGCGCCGAGUGAGAACCGUAGGACUUAGGCGUUACCUCAGCAGCGUGUUGGAGGCCAUAGUCACGGAGGGCAACGUGUCCGGCGACAUCUUGGACGAAAUCGUUCAGCUGGAUAUCGGCAGAUUGCGGAACCAGUACAACGAAGCGCCUAACCCAGCGAAGAUAAACGAACUGGUUUGCGGACGCUUCUCCGGGCCGACUUGGGUCGAAGCGCUGAAUCAACUCGUAGCAGCGAAAGUGAACGGCGCCUCCGUGGAAACGCGUCGGUUUGACGCCGUCUGCGACGAUCUCAACGCCGUCCUCGUCCAUACUACUUCGGCAGCGAGGCCACUGUACCUGAUGGCUCUUAUGAUGGCUCACGUGGUUCAAUACGACUACAGGCUUUACGGGCUGAAGCGUACGGUCGACUCGCUGCGGGAGUCGUGCUACGAGGAAACGUCGGGAGUCUUCGGCAGCGCCUGGCCCUCUCUCUUAACUCGGUUGCUGUCGGUGACUCAGGCUUCGCAGAAGGCGAUAGAUGGCUACUUCGGGUCCAUACUCAAUGGUUCCGUAAAACAGGUCCUCUCUCGGGAGUGGAUGACGCGCGCUGAUGCACUGGCCACGAUCACGAUGCUAGAGAAUGUCAGCUUGUUAAGUUUCUCCGCUGGAAUGCCUUCGGAGCUUUGCGGUUGGAACAGCGAAGACAACACCAGCUUGAUUCUCACGCCGACUGACUUCAUCAGGAACAAAGUCGCGCUCCAAAACAGAAAGAGCGGCGCCCGCGACAACUGCGACCACGCCCCCGGUUUCGAUAGUCGCCUGCUCCACUUGCUCAAAGGCACGGCGAUGGUCUUCGACAGCGCCACGAAGACGCUGGUUGUUCCGCACGCAUUCGGCCUGCCUCCUCUGUACUACCCGCAGCUGCAGGAAGAGUACGCCAACCUGGCCGUCCUGGGGGUCCAGAUGACGCUACGAAUUCUCGGCUUUACGAUUACGAGCCACACCAAUGACAGCGGCGAAGAUGACCGCCACCCAUGGAGCCAGGAGACACUGGCCAGGUACAGGAGGAUGCAGAACUGCUACGCCCUGCUGUCCCCCGCGUUCCACGACCUGCUGUCCGACGAUCAGUUCGACCUGGCCUCCGUCGCCACGGACGCCAUCGAGCUGGCCUACUCCGAGAAGGCCCGGCUCGAGCAGACUGCCAACUCGUGGCAGCGGGUGCGCGCAACCAGCGCCCUCUUUUUCAAGCGGGCGUGCCUGGCGCUCUGCCAGUCGGUCGAGGUCCCCGCCGACGACUACGAACCCGACGAGGCGACCCUGCACGCCGCCUGUCUGAUGGGAGUCGCCAACGUGCCCCGCUUCUACGAAGUCUUCGCGUGCGCCAAGGGCGACCACAUGAUGCACAUACGGAAAUGUUUCGAAAAUUGAGGAGGCGUUCAUUUUCGUGCGGUCAAGUUGCGUUCCAAUGCAGG